GUGUUCAACCGGAAGUACACUCUUCCGAGUUGUCUAUCGGAACCGAUCGGAAUAUCAAGAUGUCUCCGUCUAUUCUGAACUUCGUCGAAGCUAAGGACACCUUUACGGCUGCAAUUACAAGUGCAUUGGACAUUAAAAACAGCAAACCGUUGGUACAUGCGUUCAGUCAUCUACCUGGAAAUGAAGCAGAGAAGAAAAGCACACUCGACCAAGCCUUGCGAGGAUUCCUUGAGUUGGAGAUUGUGAAGCAGGCUGACUCAGAUGACUUCCUCGCUCUCAUUUACCUCAGUAUUGAUGGGGUCACUGAAGGCGUCUGUUCUGCAACAACACCUUUCCUGCUGUUGGGCGAUGUGCUUGACUGUCUCCCUCUCGACCAGUGUGACAAAAUAUUUUCUUUUGUGGAGAAAAAUGUGUCCACGUGGAAGUCGAAUUCCUUUUACUCUGCCGGGAAAAAUUACUUGUUGAGAAUGUGCAAUGAUCUUCUACGACGGCUCUCCAAGUCUCAGAACACAGUUUUCUGUGGUCGAAUCCAGCUCUUUCUAGCAAGACUGUUUCCUCUUUCAGAGAAAUCAGGUCUGAACCUACAGAGUCAAUUUAAUCUUGACAACAUCACUGUAUUUAAUAAAAAUGAACAGGAGAGCACAUUCGGCCAACGACACUUGGAGGAAAAGGAGGAUGGGAUGGACGUGGAGGAGGGCGAGAUGGGGGAUGAGGAUGAGCCAGCCACAUGUUCCAUUCCCAUUGAUUACAACCUCUACAGAAAAUUCUGGACUCUCCAGGACUACUUCAGAAACCCUGUCCAGUGUUAUGACAAAUUCUCAUGGAUGACAUUUCUCAAGUUUUCUGAUGAGACCCUUGCAGUGUUCAAAAGUUAUAAACUGGACGACACUCAAGCAUCAAAGCGCAAGCUGAAUGAGCUGAGAACUCCGGGGGGCGAGCAUGUCUACUUCGCCAAGUUCCUCACAAGCGAGAAGCUGAUGGAUCUUCAGCUCAGUGACAGCAACUUCAGACGUCAUAUCCUCCUGCAGUACCUCAUCCUGUUUCAGUACCUCAAGGGCCAGGUCAAAUUCAAAAGCUCCAGUUGUGUUCUGAAUGAUGAUCAGUGUACAUGGAUGGAGGAGACCACUAAACUAGUUUAUCAGUUGCUGAGAGAAACACCCCCUGAUGGAGAGGGCUUUGCUGCUAUGGUUGAGCACAUCCUGAACAAGGAAGAGAACUGGAAUUCGUGGAAAAAUGAGGGAUGCCCCAGCUUUGUGAAAGAAAGACCUGCAGAGACCAAACCCACACGACCCACUAGAAAGAGACCUGCUCCAAAGGACUUUCUGGGCAAGGGCCCAGACAGAAAGGUCUUCAUGGGAAAUGAUGAACUUACAAGACUAUGGAAUCUCAGUCAUGACAACAUGGAUGCAUGCAAGUCUGAUAACAGAGAGUUCAUGCCAUCCCUGGAAGACUUUUUCGAAGAGGCCAUUGAACAAGCAGACCCAGCCAACAUGGUGGAAGAUGAAUACAAAGUUGUGCGAAACUCGAAUUACGGAUGGCGUGCCCUGCGGCUGUUAUCAAGAAGGAGUCCACAUUUUUUCCAACCCACAAACCAGCAGUUCAAGAACCUGGCAGACUAUUUAGAGAACAUGGUCAUCAAGUUAGCCAAAGAGCUACCGAAGGACCUCCCGUCUGAGGAAAUCAAGACUGGAGAGGAAGACGACGAGGACGAGAAUGGCGACACCCUUCUGAAGCAAAGCAGCGAUAGCCCAGACAUGCAGAACAAAAUGGUGACCAAUGAGCAGAUGGAUGAGGUGGCAGCCAAGCUGGGAGGCCAGUGGAAGACGCUCGCUGAGCACCUAGAGGUGAAGGCGGUGGACCUGCGUGAGAUCGAGGCAGACAGUGAGGAUGCCGAGAUGCAGGCCAAGAUGCUGCUGGUGGCGUGGCAGGACCGCGUGGGCAGUCAGGCCACAGUGGACAACCUAGUUACUGCACUCAACACCGCCGGCUUCGCCAAAAUCGCUGAGAUCCUCACUGAAACAUAACAUGUCGGCCUGUGCCACCCCUGCCCUCCCUCUUUUGUAAUGAAUUGACUUUGGAUCUUGCUUCGUCUCAUGGCAUUUAAUUAUGGUGUUUCAUGAAAUAUUUUGUAAAAAUGUCAUUCUUUAGAUGUUUCCUCUUUUGUUUUUUUAGGAAAUAAAUGUUAACAUAAAAACCUA